AUGUGCCUGUCCUCCGGCUCCUCUGAGGGCUCCGGCUCCGGCUCCGACGAGCAGGGAGGCGGCUCCGACUCUGACUCCGAGGACAUCAACGUCGACGAACAGGGCCGGCCCGCCAUCGGCGGAUCGAUCGACCUCUCGACCCGGGUCUUUGACGGCGCGCUGCCCUCCGGCGCCGACCCCGGGCCGCUCAUCGCCGACUGCGAGGCCGUCUUCACGGCGCGGGCGACCGGCGCGGGCGAGGGGCUCUCCUCCGGAGCCACUUUUUGGGUGGCGGCCAACGCGAAGCCGAAAACGGCGCUCGAGCGGCUCGCGUUGCAAAUCUUUGCGCAUCACGCGGCCGGCGCGGAGUACGACCCGUCGCGCUCGGGCGCCGAGUGGUGGACGGUCGUCAUCGACGAUACCGACGACGGGCUGCUGCUGCACCCGCACCUCGCCACCGUCACCUACCUCGCCUGCCCGGCGGCGGCGGCGCCGACGCUGGUGCUGGAGCGGCCGUCGCCGCUGCUCGCGACGGAGACCGCCCCACCGCCGUGCGGCGCGCCUUGGGGCGCCGAGCCGCUGGGCAAGAAGCUGGCGAAGAGGCUGGCGGCCCCCGCCUCGACCUCGCUCACCCUCCGGGAGGCGACCCUCUCGCGCGGCGCCGCCGUCGGGCCGCGGCUCGUCAACGGGUACACAAACAGUGUGUCGCCGGCGAAGCUAAUUAAUCGUAUGGACGACGACGACCAGAGCGUGGACAUGGACAAGCUCGUGUUCCGACCCAAUCCUGAGCGUCUCGGUCUCGAGCUCAGCCACUCGGACGACGAGGAGUGA